UCGUCUACAAGGAGUCUCUCUCUUAGGGUUUAUUUAUUUCGGCAUGAAAACGUCUCCAACCUUAGAGGAUGGAUCUGAAAACUCAGUAUCGAUCCCAAUUGAUCUCAUUAUCGAGAUAUUCUUAACGGUGAAUUCUAUAGCGAGAUGUCGUUGCGUAUCAAAGCUUUGGGCCUCCAUACUUAGCCGUCCAGAUUUCACCGAGUUGUUCUUGACUCGAUCAUGGUCAUGGGCAUGCCCGAAGCUAUUGUUCGCUUACAUAAAAGUUUGCUUUGAUGUCAAGUCUGAGGAGUUUAGAUUAAUUAUUGGAGCAAUGUAUCAUGGAUUUCUAAUAAACUACAAUGAGAAACUAGGUUUGUAUGACAUUUCUUCUGUCCGUUUUGGAGUAACAACAAGUAUUGAAUUGUGGGUUUUAGAAGAUGCCGAAAAACAAGAAUGGUCGAAGCAUACAUACCUAUUUCCUGCGAUGUUGCAUGGUAUGAUGAGAACCACCGAUUUACGUUGUGUUGGAAUGACUAAGACAAAGGAAUUUGUGUUCCAUUUGGUAGAAGGUAGGCCUUUCUACGUUUUCUACUACAAUAUCGAGAGAAACACAAUCAAAAAGGUUGAAAUGCAAGGAAUGGAAGCGUUUAAAGAUAGUAAGAUUUACACCUUUCUAGAUCAUGUAGAGGAUGUGAAGCUUAUGCAAAUCUUUUAAUUACGACUUUUUAAGUUGAUACCUCCUUGUAAUACAACUUGUUUGGAUCUUAGAAAUGAUAUUUUUUUGGUUUAUGCAAUGCUUUGAAAACCGGACUGGCCGAACAUUGAAUCAGUUGUGUCUUCGGGUCAUGGUUCGCUGGACCGAGUUUCUUAUGAUUUCAUGUUCAAGCGAAUUGUACGUAAGAA